AAACUCCAGAUGAAAAUGGCAAAACCCAGCGAGCUGACAGUCUUAUCAUGAAGAAGAUAAAGAAAAAAAAGAAAAAGAAACACCGGGAAGAUAUGAGGGGAAAACGCCUGAAGAUGUACAACAAGGAAGUGCAGACAGUGUGUGCUGGACUCACUCGCAUCGACAAAGAGACUCUGUCUCAAGGACAGUGUGGUAACAUGGAAAUGAACCAGGAAUCCUUCAGGUACCUGAAGGAUGAGCAGCUCUGCAGACUGAAUUUGGGUAUGCAGGAAUAUCGAGUACCCCAGGGAGUGCAGACGCCGUUUGUGACGCACCAGGAGCAUUCUGUUCGCAGCAGCUUCUUGAAAACUGGCACUAAAUUUAGUAACUUCAUUCAUGAAGAACAUCAGUCCAAUGGUGGUGCUCUGGUCCUUCAUGCUUACAUGGAUGAACUCUCAUUUUUGUCUCCAGUGGAGAUGGAGAGAUUUGCCGAGGAGUUUCUCGCGUUGUCAUUCAGUGAAAAUGAUAAAAAUGCAGCUUACUAUGCUUUAGCCAUCGUACAUGGAGCAGCUGCUUAUUUACCAGACUUCCUGGAUUACUUUGCUUUUAACUUUCCUAACACUCCAGUGAAAAUGGAAAUCUUGGGCAAGAAGGACAUUGAGACAACAACGAUUUCAAAUUUUCACUCUCAGGUCAAUCGAACAUACUGCUGUGGAACCUACAGAGCGGGACCAAUGCGGCAGAUCAGCCUCGUUGGAGCGGUGGAUGAAGAAGUUGGGGACUACUUCCCAGAAUUUCUAGAUAUGUUAGAAGAAUCUCCGUUUCUCAGAAUGACUUUGCCCUGGGGUACUCUCUCAAGUCUCAGACUCCAGUGUAGGUCACAAAGUGACGAUGGUCCCAUAAUGUGGGUGAGACCAGGAGAGCAGAUGAUCCCAACAGCUGAUAUGCCAAAAUCGCCGUUCAAACGGCGCCGGUCAAUGAAUGAAAUAAAGAAUCUCCAGUACCUACCUCGGACCAGCGAGCCCCGGGAGGUUCUGUUUGAAGACAGAACAAGAGCUCACGCUGAUCAUGUGGGCCAAGGGUUUGACUGGCAGAGUACAGCUGCUGUAGGUGUUCUGAAGGCUGUACAGUUUGGGGAAUGGAGUGACCAGCCUCGUAUAACCAAAGAUGUGGUUUGUUUCCAUGCUGAAGAUUUCACUGACGUCGUGCAGAGACUUCAGCUGGACCUGCAUGAACCUCCAGUGUCACAGUGUGUUCAAUGGGUGGACGAAGCCAAACUAAACCAAAUGAGACGGGAAGGCAUUCGCUAUGCUAGAAUUCAGUUGUGUGACAAUGACAUCUACUUCAUCCCUAGAAAUGUCAUUCAUCAGUUCAAAACAGUGUCAGCAGUCUGCAGCUUAGCCUGGCACAUAAGACUUAAACAAUAUCACCCUGUGGGGGAGACUGCUCAGAGUGCAGAAAGCAAUCCAAGCUUGAACAGUAGCGUUCCUGGAAAGACCAAGUCGGAAGGCGAACCCCAGAGUGAGGGUGUCAAAUCAGAGUCUGAAGAACCAGGGCUAGAAAUGCAGCUCACGACAGGGGCGCUCUCCUCCUCUGUUUCUUCAAUAUCAGGACUUGUGCAACCAGAUCAGGUGGCCCAGCCCCUUCCAGGUUUUAAAAUAGAGUCUGAUCAGCAACACAAUCCACAGGAUCAUGCAGGCUCUUCUGUGUGAUAUGUAUAUAAUCAAACGUUUUUUUAACAACUUUUUAAAAUUUUGAUGUGAAGUUAUAGUUUUAUAACUGGCUUAUGUUUUAUUGGAGAAAUCUUGCCUAUAAUUCUAUAAAGAAAGGUGACAUUCCAAAAUGUCAAGCAUAUCUUUUUUACACAGAUUAUGCAAAAUUCAAGUUGUAUUUUAACCCCUUAGUACAACCUGUAACAGUGGUCUACCACUUCUUUCUGUUUAAGUAAAGAGAUAUUGAAUAUCUCCUCAAAGUCAGGAUGAAAUUCCUCCAGGAACCUAAAAUGAUUCAAAUAUAUUGGUCAGUGUUAUUUCCCUACUUUUACUUUAUCUCUGAUCUUCACCAGAAAGUGAUGCUUUUGUAGAAGACUUGCAAAGUGACUCUCCCAUCUCAUUUUAAUUGCUUUAAAAAAAAAGAGAAA